UUCUAUAUCCAUCUUACUUUCCCGUUUCUUCUCAAUUUGUACCUCUUCUUCCUUAAUUUCUGUACUAAGAAGUAAUGGCGAAGCACGAGGACCUUCCGAUCCCUGUUUUCUCUUCACUCGACCCUGUUUACGGCGAUGGAUCUCAACUUGAAGAAGCUCGCCUUCGAUUUGAUCAUCUCAAGGCUAAGUUUCUCCAAGUUUUCGGUCAUCCUCCUGAUGUAUUUGCUCGUUCACCAGGGAGAGUGAACUUGAUUGGAGAGCAUAUUGAUUAUGAAGGAUAUUCGGUGUUGCCGAUGGCUAUUCGGCAGGAUACAAUCGUGGCAAUUAGGAAGCAUGACGCGGGAGAGGGGAAUCAUCUUCUCAAAAUUGCUAAUGUUAAUGAUAAAUACUCGAUGUGUACUUAUCCUGCUGAUCCUGAUCAGGAAGUUGACUUGAAGAAUCACAAAUGGGGACAUUAUUUCCUCUGCGGGUACAAAGGUUAUUACGAGUUUGCUAAAUCAAAAGGACAGGAUGUAGGCGUGCCAGUUGGACUUGACGUUCUUGUUGAUGGAACAGUGCCUACAGGAUCUGGAUUAUCGAGCUCUGCUGCAUUUGUUUGCUCUUCUACCAUUGCUAUCAUGGCUGCUCUUGGUGCCAACUUUCCCAAGAAAGAGAUUGCCCAACUUACCUGUGAUUGUGAACGACACAUUGGUACGCAAUCUGGUGGAAUGGAUCAGGCGAUCUCUGUCAUGGCCAAAUCUGGGUUUGCAGAGCUGAUUGACUUCAACCCGAUUCGUGCUACUGAUGUGCAGCUUCCUGAUGGGGGGACUUUUGUUAUAGCCCAUUCUCUAGCUGAAUCACAGAAAGCAGUUACUGCUGCCACAAAUUAUAAUAACAGAGUUGUUGAAUGCCGACUUGCUUCUAUUAUUCUAGGCAUAAAGCUUGGGAUGAAACCAGAAGAAGCGAUAAAAAAUGUGAAGACUUUAUCUGAUGUGGAAGGGCUGUGUCUUUCAUUUGCUAAGGAGCGUAACUCUUCAGAUCCUGUGCUUGCUGUCAAGGAACUGUUGAAGGAGGAACCCUAUACAGCUGAAGAAAUCGAACAAAUCACUGUGGACAAUCUGCCAUCCGUUUUAGGCAACUCUCCUACUUCAUUGGACGUUUUGAAAGCUGCCAAGCAUUUCAAGUUGUAUCAGCGGGCAUCCCACGUGUACUCUGAAGCCAGACGAGUGUAUGCUUUCAAGGAUGCUGUUUCAUCAAGUUUAAGUGAGGAAGACAAGCUUAAGAAGCUCGGUGAUCUUAUGAAUGAUAGCCACUACAGCUGUAGCGUUCUUUAUGAAUGCAGCUGUCCCGAGUUGGAGGAACUUGUAAAGAUAUGCCGGGACAACGACGCUCUCGGAGCCAGGUUAACUGGAGCAGGAUGGGGUGGCUGUGCAGUCGCUCUUGUAAAAGAAGCCAUUGUUCCCCAGUUCAUUCAUAAUCUGAAGGAAAGCUUCUACAAAUCGAGGAUCGAACGAGGGGUCAUCAAGAAGGAUGAUAUCGGUCUCUACGUGUUUGCUUCCAAGCCAUCGAGCGGAGCUGCCAUCUUCCAGUUUCAGUAAUCAAAAUCCUUCGGGAGGUUCAAGGCCAGGGGGAGGUAAUAAUAAUUAUUUUUGCAAAAUUUGGUUUUAGAAUUGUGUGGACAUUUCAUACCCCAAUUAUUCAGCUCAUAACACCCAAUUGGUUCUCCUAUUCUUUGCCAAUGAAUAAAGGAAUGUGUAACUUGGGAAAAAUGAGCAGCCUUAUUAUUGUGGAAUGAAAACGACCAAUAAUUUUAAUUUUUAGCUUAAUGUUUCUUUUAUCAUUAUUUGUGCCUUUAUCGUGGAAUCAAA